GAGUACGUCUAAUCCUCCCUCUUCGCUCGGGGCGGGCCGUUGUCGUACAGGUGACCGACGUCGGCCGGCGCACGAGCAGGAGACGGUCCUGAGCGCGAAGGCCCUGCAGCACGCGGGCGGCCAGCGGGGCGCCACGUCCACAAACACUUCGGGGCUCAAGGCGCGCGCGCGGCCCGGGCGCGGGCGGCAGGGAAUGCAGGGGGGAAUGCAGCUCCGCGGGCGUGCGCGCGUCCUCGUGACACGGCGGCCGCAGUGUCAGCCGGCCGCGGGCACGCCUCUACGAUAAGGCCACCUGCUCGACCGUGACCAGCGGCCCCGACCAGGUACGCGGGGCUGGUCUUCCCUCUGGCGGGGACCGCCCGGCAACGAGCUGCCGCGUCGCGUUCGAUGUGGUGGACCCGAGGCCCUUCUCCCCCCUGUAGGCCCGCGGUGGUAUGACCUCGGCGACGACGCGCUCCACGGCGGAGGAGCUGUGGACGUGCCUGGCCGGCGAGGACGCCGACGAGGCCGUGUUCUCCGUCCUCAACCUGGACCAUGACCGCUUCCUCACGGACCUCGCGCUCCACCCGGGCGUCGUCGUCGCGGGGGAGGCCGGGGCCGGGGGUGACGGCGACGCCGCCCGGGAGCGGGUAGGGUCGGCGCCGGGGCCCGGAGCCGCCCGGGGCCGCGCCGAGCACCGGAAGGCCCGCGCGCGGCUGCGCGCGGCGGACGACGUCAAGAUGGGCGGCUGCUGCCAGCUGCUGCGCGCCAACAUCCAGGGCCUGCGGCGGUACAGGGGUGCGGGCUGCGAGGGCCGCGCGGGCCUCCCCGCCGAGCAGUGGGCGGCGCGCGUGCUGCAGUCCGCCUGGCGUGCGCACGUGUUCCGCCACGUGUUCCUGCACCUGCGCGUCGUGGUCGCGCACCUGUCCGCGUCGAGCGCCAGGGCCGCGCUGCAGAGCGUCAACCCCCGGGAGGCGCUGCUCGCGGACGCGGCCAGCGACAUCGUGGUCCGGUUCAGGCUGGCCGCGGACACCAACACGCCCCUGCCCGUCGUGGUGUACAAGGUGUUCACCCGGCGGCCCGUCGUGGACGUCUGCCGGGGCUGCUGCGGCCGCCUCGUGCUGUGCAGCUCCGCGGCCCGCGCGGCCGCAGGCGAGGCCCUCGGCGUCGUGAGGGUCGCCACGGCCCCCGCCGGCGGCGCGCCCCGGCCCUGCUGCCGGCCGCGCUCCGUGUGCUGCCUGCUGUUCUCCAGCUACAAGCGCGUCGAGAACAACCCCUGGCGGCCGUGCCGCGUCGGCCUGUUCGACCCCGAGCGCUGCCCGGCCCGCGGCACCGGCCUGGCCAGGAUCCGGGGCAGGUCCAGGGCGCAGGUCCAGCGCGGCGGCGUCGUCCGGACUUCCCCGCCGGCCAGGUCGAGGCCCGCCGCCGCGGCGACCAAGAGGAAGCUCUCCCCGCAGGAGAAGGAGCGCAUGAGCAAGCUCAGCCUGCUGCGGCGGCUGUACGGCUACGAGCGUGCGGAAGAGACACCGUGUCCGCCCCCACCGCCAUCGCUCAGCUCCAGGGCACCCCCCGUCACCCCGGAGGACGACGCCAUCCUCCCGCCGUCAGCCCGCGACGGGCGCCCCCGUCACCACCUCAUCCGCGAGGUCACCGACGACCCCGUGGAAGCACCGAUGCCUCGCGGGCGCUGCCUAGCCCCCUCCUCCAGUGACUCGUACUACGACAGUCUGUUGGCGGCGUGGGGCAUGUGAACACACACUCGCUUUGCCCCUACCCGCCAGACCAAAUGCCAGCUGGACACCCCUUCAAAAACGCCCCCACACCCCGUCCCCCGCACCCCCGUGUCAACCCAAGAAAUAAUAAAAUUACUGACCUAUUUUA